GCAGUGCUUUAUGGUCACCAUUCAAAACAACAAAGGAAUUUAUUGAAAAAGAUUAAAAGAUAACAAAAGGAUUUAUUUAAGGGGCAUUAUUUGCAGUUAUUGGUUACGGAGUAGGAUUUGCCUUAUUUAAAGCUAAAACAUUAAGAGGCUUUAGUGCUGGUACUGCAGCAACAUGGCGAUUUAGAGAUUAGAUUGAAUAAUGAUUUAAAUAAUAUAUAUAUUAUUAAGCUCAGCAUUUGUUUUAGCAUGUUCAUCAGAACAAUAAGAAUGUGCAAAUCAAUUGUAUUCCUUUGAAUUUGAAGUUUUUGGUAAAGUCUAAGGAGUCUAUUUCAGAAAAUAUACUUAACUCAAAGCUUAAGAGUUAGAUUUAGUUGGUUGGGUGCAAAACACAAAAAAAGGCACAGUCAUAGGAAUAGCAUAAGGGAGAAGAACUAAUGAGAUGAAGGAAUGGUUGAAACAUACAGGAAGUCCUAAAAGCAUCAUAAAGAAGACAGAAUUUAAAAACGAUAAAAUUAUAGAUGAAUUAGAAUAUGAUUAAUUUGAUAUCAUUAAAUGAUAAAU